UUGCGAAUACUUGUAGGGCUUAAUUAUAACUCUGAUGGCAAACCAAUUCCUCCAGAAGAACUCGCACAACUAGCUGAAACGUGUCAUAAGGCAAACUUGUGUUGCAAUGCCAAUUUCCCCCCCGAUUACUCGCAGGCUUUAAAAAAACAAACUAUGAUGGAUGAUAAUAAUUUUUCGGAAGUAUCACUUUCCGACACCGAUGUAAAACUGUGUGAAAUUCGGAAGCGUAAUUCGCUGUCUGCUUGUAGUAGCAACUCUGUCAGGAGUGCAAUUACAAAAAAGAUUUCGAUACUUGUUAGUGCAAAGAAAUUCCUAUUGGUCGUGCCGCACAGAGACAGCUUGGGGGAAUUGGUGAUUUCCGAAGGUUUGGUGGCUAAAAAGAAAGUCCCUGACUUAAUCGAAUCUUUUAAAAACAAGGCAACGAUGUUCUUUGAGAAAGCGAAAUCCUUCGAAUUAAAAGCUGAUGGUACUUUGCGAGAAUAUAGGGAGACUUUUAAUCAAUUUUUUGCCGAGGAUCAGUUGCGCUUAUUUGGCCUUAGUGUUACGUUUGAAUAUGCCCUGACAAAGCUCGUCGACGACUUAAUACUGGAUUUACAUUUUGGUGCCAAGAAAUGUGAAUUAAUUGAAAUUCUGCAACCGUCGUCGAUCAAGGAAUCUUCAUCGAAGGAACUUUUUUAUACAGAUAUUCUUUGUUUUCCUGAAAGUGAAGGUGACGGAAAAGAUAUUGAUGCAUUGGAUUUAAAAUGUACAGUCAGACGUCUGGAGGAAAAGAAGGUAAACUUUUUUGCUCAGGAUCAGUUGCUGUAUUUUUUAAUUUAA